GCGCCAUCCUUGGCCUUGUCCUAACCAACACAACACAGAAGUCGCAGACCACUCCCUCCAUCCACCUCUUGACUUCCUCGGAGCAGCAGAGAAGAGCAGAGGAGAGCAAGAAAGCAGAGAUGGGGUUCAGGAAGGGCCUGCUGGCGUGCUUCGGCCCGGGCGGCGGCGGCGACGAGGAGACGGAGCAGGAGGCGCGGGCGACGCCGGGGGCGCGGCGGCGGCGCACGGUGAUGAACCUGCGGUCGCUGUCGCUGGAGGACCUGUCGCGGACGCUGGCCACCACCAGCCUGCACGCCUUCACCCUGGACGAGCUCAAGUCCGUGACCAAGAACUUCUCCACCGCCAACUUCCUCGGCGAGGGCGGCUUCGGCCCCGUCUACAAGGGCUGCGUCGGCGGCGCCCUCCGCCCCGGCCUCGCCGCGCAGCAGGUCGCCGUCAAGUACCUCGACCUCGACAGCGACGGCGUCCAGGGCCACCGCGAGUGGCUGGCGGAGGUGGUGUAUCUGGGGAUGCUGAGCCACCCGCACCUGGUGAAGCUGCUGGGGUUCUGCAACCAGGACGACCACCGCAUGCUCGUCUACGAGUACAUGCCCCGGGGCAGCCUCGAGAACCACCUCUUCAACAAUCCGCUGGCGCCGCUGCCAUGGUCGACGCGGCUCAAGAUCGCCGUGGGCGCGGCCAAGGGGCUGGCGUUCCUGCACGAGGCGGACACUCCCGUCAUCUACCGCGACUUCAAGGCCUCCAACAUCCUGCUCGACUCGGAUUACGCGGCGAAGCUGUCGGACUUCGGGCUGGCCAAGGAGGGGCCGAAGGGGGACGACACGCACGUGACGACGCGGGUGAUGGGCACGCACGGCUACGCGGCGCCGGAGUACAUCCUCACGGGCCACCUCACGGCCAAGAGCGACGUGUACAGCUUCGGGGUGGUGCUCCUGGAGCUGCUCACGGGCCGCCGCUCCGUCGACAAGCGGCGGCGCGGGCGGGAGCAGAACCUCGUGGACUGGGCGCGGCCCUACCUGCGCCGCGCCGACGACCGGCUGCACCGCGUCAUGGACCCCGGCAUGGAGUCGCAGUACUCGACGCGGGCGGCGCGGGGGGCCGCGGCCGUGGCGCACUCCUGCCUGCAGAGCGUGCCCAAGGCGCGGCCCCGGAUGCGCGACGUCGUGGACGCCCUCGAGCCGCUGCUCGCGCUCGACGACGACGUGCCCAUGGGGCCAUUCGUGUUCACGGUCUGCGAGCCGGAGGCGGCGGCGGCGGGGGGGAAGGGGAGCGGCGCCGGGGACGACGAGCCGGCGGCCGCGCAGGGCAAGUGGCACGUCAAGUCGGCCGUGCACGCGGACAGCCCGCUGCGCAAGGGCGACUGCUGGGUCACCAGCGCCGCCAAGCGGCCGGAGAGCCCCCCCGGUGUGAUCUGAUCGGAGCAUAGAGACGAGGGAUUACGGUGUAAAUAGUGACGAUCUGUUCUUUGAUUCUUUUUCUUUCUCUUCUUCUUGGUGAUGUCAUUUCAUUCUCUCGAGAACUUUUAGGGUGGAAGAUUUUGUGUUCCAUUUUUGUUGCAGAUAUAUGUACUACUGCCAAGAGUAGUCCGGCUGAUGCCAUACCUCCUGUGACCUGCCUGUAUUAUGAAAGUUUGAGGCAAUCAUACAUGGUAUUCAUGUGAA